CGAGUGUACUUUGUACAUAAAUACGCACACGCACGACAACAGGUACGUACUCACAAUAAUAUAAUAAUAAUAAUAUACGAUUGUCGCUUCUCCGGCAGCGAUAUACACGCGGCGGGCUAUUGUUGUCAUUUGUCAUUCAUAUACGUGCGCGCGCGAAAGUGAUUCGAGUGAAUGUGCACGUUCGGCCGGCGAUGACCCGGUAAUCGACUGUAUAUUACUUAUGAUAAAUACGUAUAUGUGGAUGAGUGACGAGUGCCAAAAAACCGGCAGACACGUUAUAGCAGUCCGCAGCGGUCCGUCCGCAGCAAGUCGCGUCGUCGUCGCACACCGCGGUCCGUGUUUCGUCGUUCGUGCAGCUGAAAUUCCGGUUAUAGCGCUUUGAACGAUUUCUCGCGAUAUUUUCGCUUGCCGCUCUGCGACGUCGUCCGCGACACUACUCUACAACUGCUGUUUACUAUCAAAAUAAUCGCAGUAAUUAAAUCCGGACGCGUGUCUGCCGCGGUACACGACCGUUCGUAUAUGGUGCGCCCGCGCCACUAUGCGCCGAGACUUCCGCGACGGCCAGUGAUCGCCAUGCGGUGGACCGGAUUCUGGAUCGUGCCGUUGCUUCUGGGAUGUUGCGAUGCCGCGGAUGUCCGGCCCGCGGCUAACCGGAAUGACGGCCGCGGCGGGCCGCCGACACCGUUGGGAUUGCACUCGGUGAUCUCGCGCGCGCUGAGCCGCGUACGCGAAUCGACGCGCGACCACCGGUUGGCGGGCGACUUGUGGCUGGAAACGGUCGACGGAUCGACGGCGACUUCGGGGCCUCUGGCCGACGACCUCGUGGCCCAAGCGGACGCUGUUUUCGACAACCAUCGGCUGUCGUGGCGCGACGCUGUAGUCCGAGGACUGGACUUGAACGUGUACAAGGAUCGGGAGAAGCAACGAUACGUACUCGGCAUAACUCGGCGCACGGGAGACUCGCAAGGUUCCGCUACUCGGACUUUUGGCGUAGUAGGACGUCGGCGAAUGCAAAUGUUCUUCAUGUUACCGGUGAUGUACAAGUUGGGUGUGAUUACCACGCUGUUGACUGGUCUGGUUGUGCUCACCCUCAAGGGCGUGACCAUCGGCGUGAUACUGCUCAUCAUAGCCUUGUCUAGUAUAGUGGCCAAACUGUCCAAGUUCCACAGUCCCUACGCGUCUGCACCGAUGCCUGCGAUAUCGGGCUGGUCGGGAUACCAUCACGACCCUUACGACCGUUCAUCGCCACAGCAACCACUGCCGCCUUUGCAAGACAAAAACAUACACGUGCAUGUGCACACCGGACCUGGUCCUGUGCCGCCAGCUGUGAGCUACGCGAAAAGUCCUCCGCCGCCAAUGCCGCAAUUGGCCGACGACGACGAAGUAAACAACUACAACAACAACAAUUAUUAUUAUAACGGCGGCGGCGGAGCGUACUGGAAUCGCGCAGGUGAGGAAUACUACAACGCCCCGGCGUUGAAUCAUUACCAUCGCGGCGACAAUCACCAACUGGGCGCUGAAUCUACGACUGCCAGUAACAGUGUCUAUCAACAGUGGUUAGGAUGAUAAUAUUAUUAAGAUAACACAUUAGGUAUAUCAUAAUACAGGGAACCCUCUGAAUACCGGAUACUGUCGGUCACUGAAAUAUUGUCCACCGUUCGGGGGCACUGUCCGCUAUUUAGAAUGCUCAAUUUGUAGUUUUUUUGAGGAGACUUCACUAAAUUAUUUUUAUUUAUAUCGAAAUUAUUCGAUUGUGUGUACAACACACUUGUUAUGUAAAGGUGCCUGGCCACUUUCAAUUCGUAACCAUAUUAGGUAUAUAAUAUUGCUAUUUUAUAUACAUUACAGUACGGUUAUACUUAUAUAGUUACUUUACAUAGAUAUAAUAAUACCAUGAUCAGGCACAUUACACAACACUAAUUACUUUAGGAACGGGGAAGAGGAGGUUAAAUAAAAAGUUUUCAAAUGAAAUCUUACAUGACCGUUUUGAAAAAAAAAUAUUUUUCCGAAAACAUUUCAACCACUUACUCAUACAUAUUGUUUACGUGCCAGGUCAAGCUUAAUACUUUUAUUCUUGUGGUUAUCAAUUGCAUUAAUCAGUAAAUAUACGUACAUAUACAUAGCACUUUAUACGAAUUACUAACUGUAGACUAUUAGACUAGCGACUAGCUGUUUCCUAUAGGUUUAAGUAGCCAGCAUGUAAAAAUAUAUUGCAAUAUACAAACCAAAACUAUUACUCGUAUAGUAUUUUACUAGUAUUAUUAAUAAAUAUUUUACUAUUUCAAAUAGGUACCAGUGGCGUAGUUACGGGGGGGCAUAGGGAGCGUUUGCCCUCCCAACCUCCUCUGAAAAUUAACUUUUAAACAAAAUUUGGUAAUUUAAAAAAACUUUAUAUUGAAGUUGUAUAACAAGUUGUAUAGUAUUAAGUUCUAUAUUGUAUCAUUUAUUUUAUUAUUUUCAUUUAUUGAAAUUAAUUAUUAAUUACUACCUAUGUAUUUGACUUUAUGUAAUCCAUGAUUAUUAUGAACAAUUUUGAAAUUUUGCCCCCUCCCCCCAACUAAAAUUCCUAGCUACACCACUGAUAUGUACCUAUAAUAAAUUAAGUUAAUGUUAAUAUUAAUAUAUUUUAUGAAUGCAAUACUUUAGUUGUAAUAAAAAUAAAAUUUUGUCUUUUAAAUUCAA